AUAUCCCUUCCCAUCCACCCCAAACACAGCCCAACAAUGCAGUCGGUCCCAAUAGCAGACCUCCACCCCUUCAUCACCAGUCCCGACAUUGCAUCCAAACGCACAGCAGCCGAGACUAUAGCAUCUCACCUCAGAGCCCACGGCUAUGUCGGAAUCAAGGGCCAUGGCAUCCCACAAGAGAUACUCAACAACGCAUUCGACGUCAUGCACAAGUUCUUCGACCUACCCCUUGCCGACAAAAUGACAGCCCCGCACCCGGACACACCAACGCCUCAUCGCGGCUAUCUCGCGGCAGGGGUCGAGAAAUCAGGAAAUCUAGGGGCGGUAUACGCGAGCACGGAGGCGGAGAAGGCGUUCUUGCGGAGUGCGUCUGAUUGGAAGGAAACAUUCGACAUCGGCAGCCCCGCAAACACCUCCCAGCCAAACAUCUGGCCCCCAGCAUCCCUCCUCCCCUCCUUCCAACCCACCCUCCUCACCCUCUACACCCACCUCACAACCCUCUCCGCCCACCUCCUCGAAGCCCUCAUGCUCAGCCUCGACCUCAGCGCUUCCGACCGCGCCACACUCCGCAACAUGCACGAUCCGCACGAGCCGAGCAUGCGGCUGGCACACUACCUCCCCCUGAGCGCCGAGCAGCUGCGCGAUGCCAGUGUAAUGCGGAUUGCGCCGCACCGGGACUUUAGUUCGUUUACGCUCCUUGUCCAGGAGAGUGUCGGGGGGCUGGAGUUUGAAGAGCGCCGCGGGACGGGCGCGUAUGUGUGUGCUGUGCCGCGGGAUGGCGUGGUGUAUUUGAACAUUGGCGAUGUCUUUGAGAGGUUGUCGAAUGGCGUGUAUCCGUCGCCGCUGCACCGCAUCAGCAAGCCUGCUGGGGCUCUAGAAGGUGGCGAGGAUACAAUCCCGUCUCGCUAUUCGAUUCCGUUCUUCGUGAAUAUCAGGCCGGAUGCUGUUAUUAGGCCGAUGCCAUCGCGAGUGGAGAGGGAUGGCGGGGAGGCGCGGUUUGCGCCGAUUAGCUAUAUGGAUAUGUGUCAGGAGCUGUUCACGCUGACGCAGCCGAGAGGAGUAGAGUGAGUAAGAGUGUUUGGAUAGGUUUGAUGUGGAAUCGCAUGAGGAUGUCUCUUUUCGCGGUGACUCUGUUAAGCGAGAUGUAGUGUACGAAAUGGCCUCUAUCAUAAAUCCGAGGAAAGAUAUAUAAGAAG